GGUUUGACCAGUCAACAUCACCGUGCCGUGGAGUACCGUGAAAGAAAUAAUCAUGACACAAAAUGUACUCGGAACAUGCUGUGAUAACGAAAUUGAAAUCAUUUUCUACGAGGGGAACUACUGUAAUCAAGCAAUGGAUGUUUUGCGGAAGUCAUUCUUUCUAAACGAAACCGUAUGUAUUGGAGCAGAAGUGAAUCUCGAUAGUCAAGCUCAACAAGAGCUGGAGAAACUUUGUCUGGAUGUUGCCAGUAGCGGCGUUUCACUGCUGGCACGAUGCAAAUCGAACGAUGAAAUCGUAGGAGUAUCUUUCAAUGUACUGCAAACACCCAGCGGUCCAGGAGAAGUGAAUUAUUUUGAAACAUUUCGGGAUCAGUGCAAAUCGGAAAGUGCAAAGAGUCUCAUGCAAUACAUGAUUACCAUGGAUGCCAAAGUUGACCUGUUCCAGAUGUUUAAUGUAGAUUGUCUCCUGGAGAUCAUGUUUUUGGCCACGUUACCCGCUUUCGAAGGAAGAGGAAUUGCGAGUAAACUUGUUUCUUGUUCGAUCGAUCUGGCGAAGAAACUGAAGCAAGGCCAAGACAAUGAAAUUCUGUCGGAUAUUUCCAACCAUAGAAGGCCUCAGCUUGUUUCAGCGCUCUUCACGUCGAGAGUAUCGCAAAAAGUUGGCGUCAAAAAUAAGUUCUCAGCAAUUAAUGAAGUACCUCACGCGGAAUUUGUUUUUCGCGGUAAAACGUAUAGCGAUCGCAUUGGACCUGAUCAUCCGACAUCUACACUGAUGGCUAGAGAAAUCUAAAAUUACACUAAUGGUUAAAAAAAUCUGCAAAUAAUUAUGCCAUUCGAAUUGUUUUAACAUUGACAAGCAGACACCUAACUUGAAUAUGAAAAGUGUGUAGUGAAUAACAACCUUUCAAAAUCUAGUUGAUGGUGUGUUGUUUGGUGCGCUACGUUCGAUUAAAUGAUAUCCCGUAAUCGCAUGCUGUUGUUUGAAAAGUUUUUGUGAUUUGGUAAGACACUAGCGAUACAUAAAUAGCUCCCAGCAAGCCUUGCGGAAGAAAUCGUUUUACGAAUAAUAAAAAAGCUCCCAAAGUUCGUCGGUUUACCUGAUAAGAGAUUAGAAUAUAGGAAUAUAUUUUAUAUCACUGAUAA